UUGCGUGGCAUCCAAUGACGUUGCCGAUGCCGACUUCAAGUCUGUGUUCAUUUCAUUCGUUGAAACAGCAGCCAUGACAGAGGUGAUAUCUCCCGUGCGACGACUGUUCAAGAUAGCAAUCAUAGCCGGCAGCGUUGCAGGCGGGGUUCUGGUGCUCACGGCAAUCCUGCUCGUUGCGCUGACGGUGUGCAGGAGAGAUAAGCACCGGGCUGCCUGGACUCAGUGCCAGCUCGUCAACGUUGUUCCGCCGAUCCCCGAAUCAGAGAUGGAAGUGGCUCCUAACAACUGCGAUGAAGACUUCGAUAAACUGGCACACGAUGGGGAUAUUUCGCCAGACCGCUGCGUGGCCAGAGCCAUCAUGCCUUACGAGGUCAGCGAGCCCGGUCUACUCCAUUUGAAUGUCAACGACGUCGUUGAAGUGCUCAAAACCGGGAAUGACGGAUGGUGGUUCGGGUACUGCCAGGGAAAGGUCGGGGCCUUUCCUGCCGCUUGCGUCGAGAUCCUCACGAAGCCGGAUACGCUAAGCAGAGGUCGUCGCCGGAGCAGUUCCACACAAGUUCCUGAGUGUGAAUGCUCGUAUGCAACACUUCCACUUAGAACACACAGGUGUUCUUCUAAGGAGCAAAUAGAUGACAGAACUUUACCGUUACGACGAUGUUACAAGACGAAAGAGCGCAGUCCCCGCCAACAUCGUAAAUAUUCAGAUUCAGAAAUGCAAGUGGACGGACAUCAAACAAUACCGACUGUCUCUGGGCGUGUUACAACGAACCUUUAACGGACACACUAGCAACAUUUCUUCAUUUAUAGAACACUAUUUGUAUCUGAUGGUGGCUGCUACUAUGUGCAGCAGAUAUUGAUGCUGCAUAUGAUCUACUCGUGGUACAAUCGAAUCUCUGUAGAGGUAUACUCUCCAAUACUCCAUAAACAUCUAUAUAUAACUUUGCGGUUUAAAGUGUAAUAUAGCUCAUGGAUUGACUGAAACCAGAUAGAAUCUCAGCAAUACUAGUCCUGGACCUGCCAGUUAGUAUGGCGGCGGAAAUUACCGACAACAUAUACGACAAAAAGUUUACAAAGUGAUAUCUGUCUU